UGCGGCUUCUGCUCUCGUCGGUGCUACUCGGUGGAGCUUCAGCUGGAGACUUGGAGCCGGACGGAGGCUGGCAUACAGAUCACGCCAUGCGGAUGGUUGGCAAAGGAUCAUGCAGUGUGGAAGACAAAUGUGACAUUUCGAAGUCUACUGACAACCUGAAACCAAAUGGCAUUGAGAGCACUAAAGAUACAAAGAGGCUUCAGCAGCAUGAAGAAAAGCUGAAAGAUUAGACAACAACACAGCAGAUGGUGAACUGUGGAAAAAUGAGGUAUGCAUAUUCAAGGCCAGUUAUUCUUCGAGGAUUCCCACAGAAUGAGCAUUUCAGGGCUCUCUGCUCUAAGCAAAGGCUUCUGCAGAAGUUUGGAAAUCAUUUGGUGAGAUUGAGCACAGCAAACACUUACUCCUAUCAGAAAGUUGAUGUUCCUUUUAAAGAGUAUGUCAAGAACAUAAUGAAGCCUCAGCCUUUGGAUUCUUUGGGUAGUGAUACACUAUACUUUUUUGGAGAUAACAAUUUUACAGAAUGGGACUCUCUCUUCAGAACAUACAUCCAGCCUCCAUACCAACUCCCUGGAACCAAAGGAGCUUACAGUUUUGGGAUAGCUGGUGCAGGUACAGGAGUGCCUUUUCACUGGCAUGGAGCUGGAUAUUCCGAAGUUAUAUAUGGGCGAAAGCGCUGGUUUCUUUAUCCACCAGACAAGACACCAAAAUUUCAUCCGAACAGGACCACACUAUCGUGGAUGCUUGACACAUAUCCAUAUCUAUCAGAAAUGGACAAACCUCUGGAGUGUACUAUACAUCCAGGAGAAAUACUGUAUUUUCCAGAUCACUGGUGGCACGCUACCCUUAAUAUUGACACCAGUGUCUUCAUUUCUACAUUUUUAGGAUGAAUGCAAACUCAAAUCACAUGGCUUUACCCAAUCCAUUUUCCUUCAACCUUCCAUGAAUCAAUAGAGAAUUAAAAGUCUGAAACAGCUACCUCAAAUUUGCACAAAAUGAUCAGCACUGAAAAUGGCCGUGUUCUUACUCACGAAGUAAAUAUGAAUGCAAGUGAACAUCCAACCUACCCUAAAAAUGAAAUGAAAAGAAGCUCAUUAAAAGUUACAUGUGUCUUUUAAACUGGAAGUGGACCACUGACAAAUAUAAUGAACAUUGUUUGAAGAUUCUCCAGUGAAUGCUCAGACUUGAAAUAUUGAUUUGCUUGUACUACAUUGUCUUUGUAAAAACUUCUUACAUUCCAGUAUUGUAAUAGUUCACUUUUCUCCUGUAAUACCCAAAUGGUUAACAAUUAGUUUAUUGUACCCAAUUCCUGUUGCAAGUAGUUGCUACAUAUAGUGUCUCCUAGUUCAGUCUUGGUGUAAGCAUGCCCUUUUACUUUAAGGCAGCCUCUCGCAACCUUUUUGCCCUGCAGGAUCUCAUGAAAUAAUAUUCAUGUCUCGAAAACCCUGCAUAAAAAUUGUUAAUCCUACAGCUCACUACAGAUAACGUGAUCAGUAAGUUGUAGAUAUAAUAAUCCAAAAAUAAUUGUCCUUGCUCUUUUGAGUAGAGAAUGAAUGCCAAGCAACACAGCAGCUGUAGAUUUUCUCCUUUGUGAAUUUUUAACCAAAUUCUCCUGAUAAAAGCAGGUAGUUUAGCUUACUUUUCUUGAAAUUAAACCUUUCCCUUUCAUAAAUUUUAAAAACUCAUAAGGCAAACUUAAUAAACUUCUGCUAAAUAACUAGCUUAAGCUAAAAUGGGAAUUAAUUUUUCUGAAGGUAGGCUUGGUAGAUUUAUUUUAAAUAAAGGCUGUAAAUUAAUUUUAAUUAAUGCUAUUUGCAAGUCAGUUGGCAGGGUGCAAGGGAGAGUUGGGGGAGAUAAUUUGGGAGGGAGAGGCUGACGUCAUAGCCCAAGUUGGGCAAGUCCAUUCAAAUGCUCAGAAAACACACUUCACGUUCAUCAGCAUACCACUCUCCCCUCUAUGCAAUACAGCGCUAAUUAUCAAUGACCUCUCCUAUCUUGUGUCAAAAACUGACAAUUGACCCACCAAAUAAACAUGGUCCUACUGUGCACAGCCAUACUGGGCUGAGGGACCUCUGACUAAAUUACUACCAGGUCAAGUUGGUCACUGCGAGCACUAGCAUCGUGCGCAGUUCAUAAAACAACUUUUUAAAAAAAUCAAUCUCUCACAGAACCCUGUUGAGAAACCCUGCUUUAAGGUAUGAAAUGUUCCAUUUUUCUAUCAUACUGUGUCAGAUUAGAGCAACAUCUAAAGAAACAGCUCUCCCAAAGCACUUUAUAUCCAGAAAACAUGGCAAACAAUUAAGCACAAGCAGUAAGAUAUUCCAGAUAAUGUUUAAGGCAGGUGAGGGUGAGUUAAAUGGUAGCCAGUAACUCCCCACUCUCUUCAAAAUUAUUUAUCUAUAGCUACAAUUUGAGCAUUCAAAAAGCUGUAAAAUAGUCACCUGCAAAAUAACUGAAACAAACUUAAUGAAAUGCCUAUUAUUAAUCUGCAUCAGUAUCAAGAGAGAUCUAGAUCUCUCCAAACCUGCUUUGACAGACUCAUCAAGGUGACACUUCAUAUUAUGUUAACAAACUAAUAUCCUACAAAAAUAUAUAUUGAAUUCCAAGUAAAUAAUGAAAUAGCAAGAAUGGGAAGUUAGUUGUUUCAGUAGUUAUCAAUUCAUUUCUCCUUAGUUAUAUAAUAACCCUACAUUAUAACUUAUCUGAAAACCAAUUUCAUGCUUUGAACAAAAUGCAGUUUAAAGUUGAUGUUAAGACUAACUUGAGAGAAUCUAGUCUAAACUCUAGGUAUUGCAAUAAGUGAGUAGCAACAAAGGAAUGUCUUGUAAUUUGAUGUCUACACCAUAAAAUGAUUUAAGUGCAGCUAUAGUGUAAAUGUCCUGACAUUAAGUAACAGACAGUUCAAGAUAUUAGAAUCAUAAAUGUCAGGUGUUUAUAGACAUUUAAUAUUUCAUUCCACUGCUUAGUACAGAAUGAAAAUAUUGUCAUAGGAAAAGUAAGAGUACUUUCCUCCAGAAUGCUGGACAAACUGUAACUCAAUUAUUUUCAUAACUUGAAUAUGUGAAAGUUUACCAUGGCACUUUAAACAUCCAUUUUUACCUGCUAUAUUGGUCUCUGGCAUCGUUUAGUUUCAUCAGCUGCAUGGAUAAGGGGAGCCUGCUGCACGGGCAACAGCUUGCUCUCCUUAUUGCACUGCCUCAGCUUGUGUCUCACAUAGACAGUCAGGAUGCAGCAUCCAUGGCCGACCUCAACAAAUGGAGGGCCUCACACUGCUGUUUUGGCAUUUCAACUUUGCCUUUUGUGGAGGCUCUGAAAGAAGCAUAGUAAUAGGCCAGACAGAUUCUGAUGGACCCUGCAGCCAGAUCACAGUUAUUCUCAGGAAGAACGAAGAAUUGCUGUAAUAAAAAUGAACAGGGCCAUCCAUGCAUAAAUAAAUAAAUAAAUAAAUGUCUGAACGUCAAAACAAAAGGAUCUCUGAAGUAUUUGUGUGUUGGUUUAUAUCAUGGAGUCACAGAUGACAGACACAGAUCUUGUGGCCCACCCUGUUGAAGCAAACCUUCUAAUCACAUAUUCCAUACUAAUUCCAUUUCUCAGCACUUCUAUGCCUUGAUAAUUCAAGGGCUUUCUGCUCUUUAAAUAUUGAGAGUACUUGCCUCAGUCACCCCCUAAGAAGAGCAUUCCAGAGUCCAGCUGCCCUUGGAGUGAAAGGUAGGAUCCUCAGAUCCCCUAACAACCAUAAACCUGUCUUCUAGCUUGAGGAACUCUGUUCUCUUAGUGGCCAGCACAGAAAUUCUCAAUCCUUCUCAAAAAAUUUCUCUUUGCAAGUAAUCACAAGAAUGCCAUUUCAGCCACAAAUGAUUAUGGUACAUCUUCCAUAUCAGAUUAUCAUUAAGUGAGUGUCUUGUACAAUUAAGUCAUGGAUACCA